AUAAGUAAGCACACUUGCCCUUGCCAGUGAAGCUGCAUUAAAAUACUGACCCUGUCCUGGCCAGGGGAGCUGCACUAAAAUACUUACCUGCCCCAAUUGACUGGGGUGAACAAUUUUGGCUGUCAUCUGCAAUCUAAAACUACAUAUAACAUGGCAAUGUGUAAUCACAUUUGUAUGGUUGAGUUGUACAUCUCAAAAAUUUGGGUUAAAUCUUCUCCUCUGUUUUCUCUCUAUCACUCACUAGUAAGCUUUCCUCGCUUCAGAUCCAGAUGAUCUAAGAUGGAGUCAUACAGGCCUCCCACAACUAAGCUUGCCUUCCACAGUGAUAAGAGGUAUCAUGUAUUUCUGAGUUUCAGGGGACCAGAUGUCAGAAAGUCUCUGGUUGAUCAUCUUUAUGAAGCUCUCUCUGCAGCAGGACUCAAUGUCUUCUUAGAUAGCGAGAAAUUGGAAAAGGGGGAAAACAUUGGGUUCAACUUGGAAAGAGCGGUGGAGGGCAGUGUCAUACGCAUUCCUAUAUUUUCCAAAGGUUAUGCAGACUCAGUUUGGUGUCUCAAGGAGGCUGCUGCAAUGGUGACCACUCCUGGUUUGAUCAUUCCUCUCUUUUAUUAUGUGGAGCCAACUCAUGUCAGAUAUCCUCUCAAUCACUCCAGUCCCUAUAACAAAUCCUUUCUCAGACAUUAUAGCCGGUCCGAUGGGUACCCAACAGAAGAGAUUGACAGGUGGAAGCAUGCCCUUCUACAGAUCUGUGAACGCUCAGGCUGGUCCAUGGAUAUCACUCAAGGCUUUGAAGCUCGCCUAGUAAAGAAGGUAGUGUAUGACUUGAUUCAGACAUUGGAUAGACUGCCAUUAGAAGUUUCCAAGCAUCCAGUUGGGAUAGACAGCAUGAAGAAUGAACUGAUGCAAGAAUUGCGUCUAAAUUCAACAAAUGAGGUGAUUAAACUUGGAAUAUGGGGAAUUGGUGGUAUUGGCAAGACCACAAUUGCCAAGGCCUUGUACAAUCAACUUUAUUCUGAGUUUGAAGCUGCUUCUGUUGUAUUUAAUGUCCGCACGACCGCAGCAGGGCCCAAAGGGUUUAGAGAUUUGCAGAGAAAAAUUCUUAAAGAUUUAUGCAAGUAUGGUGGAGAGGUAGACAGCGUUGAAGAAGGCAAAUCUUUGUUGAGGGAUCGUCUCGGAGGAAAACGUGUGCUGGUUAUUGUGGAUGAUGUGGAUGCUGAUGAACAAUUGGGUGCUUUGGUUGGGGAUUGGAUGGCUCCUGGAAGUAGAGUUAUUAUAACUUCCAGAGACAAACAUAUUCUCAAUGUUGCUCAGGUCCAAUGCAUCCGCGAGAUAAGUGGAUUGAAGAUAGAUGAAGGUCUCCAGUUGUUCAGCUGGCAUGGUUUUCUCAAAGCAUGUCCAAGUCCCAGUUACGAGGAUCUGUCCAAAAAAAUUGUAGAAGCUUGUAAGGGGCAUCCUCUUUCACUGGAAGUGAUAGGAUCCUUCUUGUAUGAUAAAAAGGAUGACACAGGUUGCUGGGUGGAAGCCUUUCACAACAUUACUCUGCACCCAGGCAUUCACGAAAGGCUCAAAAUCAGCUAUAAUGGUCUUAGUGAGGAAGAAAAAGAAGUGUUUUUGGACAUUGCUUGCUUUUUCAAUGGAGAGGUCAAAACACUUCCCAUUGUUUUCUGGAAAUCCUUGUACAAGAUGGUAGACACUGCCAUAGUUAAUCUUUCAAUGAAGUCAUUGAUAAAGAUUGAUGACGAAGGAAAAUUUGAUAUGCAUGACCAUUUACGAGAUAUGGGGCGGACCAUUGCUGAAACAGCAAAAGAGGGUACCCGAUUAUGGGAGACUACCCAUUUAAGCACCCUACACUACAACAAUUUCUCUCGUCUUCGAAUCAAAGCAAGCAGUCCACAAAGGCUUGAAUUGCUUUACAGUCAUCGUCUUCGCUAUCUUCAUUUGCAAAAUUUGUCCAUUGAAGACAUGACUAAAGACACACUAGCCAUGCUUCCUCCAGGUUUGAUAUGGUUAAGGUUGGAAAAUUGCACCUUUGAAAUCGGGAUUAGUAGAGCGGUGAAGAAACCACGUCAUUCCAUAUUUCUGGGUAACAUUUGGCAAUUGAAGAUCAUGGAAGUAAUAAAUUGCAUUGAUCUGGACGGUCCUUCUAUCUCUUCCUUAUUUUCACUUCCUAAUAUACAGCUGCAGCACUUGAAACUGGUCUUUUGUUGGGGCUUAAAUAUCCUGCCUGAUAGCAUUGGCAACCUGUCACAGCUGCAGUACUUGUACUUGUCACAAUCUCCUGGGUUAAGAAUCCUCCCUGAUACCAUUGGCAACUUGCCACAGCUGCAACAUUUGGACUUGUCAAGAUGUGGAUGGUCAAAUACCCUCUCUGAUAGCAUUGGCAACUUGUCACAGUUACAACACUUGGACUUGUCAAGAUGUGAUUGGUUAAAUACCCUGCCUGAUAUCAUUGGCAACCUGGCACAGCUGCAGCACUUGGACUUGUCAGUAUGUGGAGGGUUAAAUAUCCUCCCUGAGAGCAUUGGCAAGUUGGCACAGCUUCAGCACUUGGAAUUGUCAUAUUGUGAAAGGUUAAAUUUCCUCCCUGAUAGCAUUGGCAACCUGUCAGAGCUGCAGCACUUGGACUUGUCAAAUUGUAAAAGGUUAAAUUUCCUCCCUGAGAGCAUUGGCAAGUUGGCACAGCUUCAGCACUUGGAAUUGUCAUGUUGUGAAAGGUUAAAUUUCCUCCCUGAUAGCAUUGGCAACCUGUCACAGCUGCAGCACUUGGCCUUGUCAAAUUGUAAAAGGUUAAAUAUGCUCCCUGAUACAAUUGGCAACCUAUCACAGCUGCAGCACUUGGACUUGACAUAUUGUGAAGGGUUAAAUAUCCUCCCUGAUGGCAUUGGCAACCUGUCACAGCUGCAACAGUUGAACUUGUCAUAUUGUUGGAGAUUAAAUAUUCUCCCCGAUAGCAUCGGCAACCUGUCACAGCUGCAACAGUUGGACUUGUCAUAUUGUUGGAGAUUAAAUAUUCUCCCUGAUAGCAUCGGCAACCUGUCACAGCUGCGGUACUUGAGCUUACGUUGGAGUGCAAUUGACCAUCUUCCUGAUAGAAUUGGCAGGCUGUCUUAUGACGAUUCCACUGGUGUUUGUAGGCUUCCUAGACAAUUAUGAAAGAUUGUAAUGGACAGAAAUUGAAAUAUUCUUAGUCCUACAGAGCGGGUAAAUAUCAAAUAUUUUAAUUCAUAAAAAUUAAGU